GAUGCCUCGACAACGGAGGGCUCGCUCCGUCAACGCCUGCCGCAGAUUUUGAAAGAGUGCGAGGAGAGGCUAAAGGUCCUGAGAGCCGUCCAUCGACGCGUCAUCAACAGGUUCCACUCUUUCCUCCUGUUCCUCGGCUACUCCCGAGCCAUGGUGAGGGACACCAAAGCGGAGGACUUCUGCAAAACCAUCAGCGACUUUUCCCUGGAGUACAGGACCACGCGGCAGGCCUUCCUCCUGCAGAGGGAUAGGGAGCGACAGAAGGGCGCGGCGGAGAGCCCGGGAGCCGAGGCGCCCGCGGGCCGGAGGAAACGCCAACAAACUCCUCCGGUUUUGUUGUCGAUCCAGCAGGAGGACGAGGAGCAGUGCAGGCUGGAGGAGGUGCUGAGGACAGCCGAGUCCGACCCAAGGCUGGACGCCACUCUGCCUCGAGCCCGCAGGAGGAUGGCCGACAUCACAGGUGCCUUCUCCCGGAAAAUAAGACGGUGACACUGCUGACGUACCUUCAAAGUCACUGGUGUGAUAGAGCCUUCUUUGUUGUUGUUAUUUAUGACAGAUGGUGUUAAAUGAGACAAAAAAAUGGGCAGGUGGAUGACAUUCCUAGUGUUCUCUCUUCUUCAUUCAUAUCUAUACUACACAUGUGUAUGCCUUUCAUUGUAAAUUCAAGUUUUAGACUUAUUUUC